CGAUUUAUCCAUAAUUGCGUCGUCACCCUUCCCUACGCUGCUUCAUUACUGUCCAUCUCUCCUUUUCCUCUUCGCUGUGGCGCUGCAAGAUCUCAAAUUCACCAUACGAACGCAUCGGCUUCCCUACACGUGUCCACAACUCGCUCUAAGACCGUCACAGCAACCUUCUGCCACCAUCCCUGCGUCGUUCCUGCAUCUGCGCUGGGGCCCGACGCAUCCACCUGAGACAGACCUUUCCGGAUGACCAUGUACCACCACCAGUUCUGGUAAACGAUCCCCACGCAACUCCCUUGCGGCUGUACCUGCUGCCAAACCUUUGUGCGAUUCUCCUCGUCGAAAGUCAUAUCGUCGUCUGUAGAGGUGCAGGUGGAACAGAUGCUUCUGGCAACGCGGUUUAUGCGAGUAUCGUUGUGCUGCCGACGAUUGGGGAAUAUCUGUUGACCAGAAGAAGGAGUUUGUUCAACUGUCGCGCAUAUAUGGCUAUCUCUACCACCACAAAACGAGUUGCACUCGUAGCAGUCGUGCUCCUCGCGUUGUUUCUACUCCUUCGGCCUACCUCAUCAUCUCUGUCCGAUACGAAUGCUCUGGAGUCCAGUCCUAAAGCACCAGCACAGGCUUCGCGAUCCUAUCCACCUCCGAAACCUUCCAAGAAAUCUCAAAAAGCCGAUGAGCAGACACUCCGAGAGCUGGCGUCCAAGCCACUCCGGGAUCGACUACGCUAUCAUUUCCCUUAUGAUAUCGAAUCCAGAUUUCCUGCCUACGUAUGGCAGACGUGGAAAGCAGGACCGGGUUCUGGCGACUUCGAGGAAAGAUUGAGACCCUUCGAAGCGUCCUGGUCAACCCUACACCCGGGGUUUGUGCAUGAGGUCAUUACCGAUGAUGCGGCUGUACAUCUGGUCAAUUACUUGUAUGCUUCGGUCCCUGAAGUCAUCGAGGCGUAUGAAGCCAUGCCUCUUCCAGUCCUGAAGGCAGACUUCUUCCGCUAUCUGAUCCUUCUUGCACGUGGUGGCAUCUACAGCGACAUUGACACACAAGCACUUAAGUCGGUGGUCGAGUGGCUGCCACCGAACCUUGACAAGUCCACGGUUGGCUUGGUCGUGGGAAUCGAGGCUGACCCAGACAGGCCGGACUGGAGUGAAUGGUAUGCUAGGAGAAUACAAUUUUGUCAAUGGACCAUCCAGUCAAAGCCCGGGCAUCCGGUGAUGAGAGACAUUGUCGCAACCAUCGCAGAAGACACUCUUGCGAUGAAGAAGGCUGGCAACCUCCCAGAAGGCCAAAAGCCGACCAAGAGCAUCAUGGAAUUCACCGGGCCUGGUGUAUGGACUGAUGCUGUGUUCUCGUACUUCAACAACAAGGAGUACUUUGAUUUCAGUUCACGGAGGUCCAAUGUUACAUACUCGGACUUCUUUGGCAUCACGGAACACAAGAAGAUUGGAGAUGUCGUUGUACUCCCCAUCACCAGUUUCAGCCCUGGGGUCGGGCAAAUGGGCGCCGAGGGGCCAGAUCACCCAAUGGCUUUUGUGAAACAUGAGUUUGAUGGAUCUUGGAAACCACAGAGCGAACGCAUGAAGGGCGGUUGAUAGCCGCGAACGACCCUGAAUUCCAGAGACACGGCUGGUCGUUCAGAUUGGGAAUACACAUUGAGUUUCAAAGCAUAGCGCAAGGCGAUAUUAUUGAAAAGCGGUUUAUGUCGUGACUUAUUGGCGGCACUGGUCAAAGCGUAUAGACAUCUCGGGAAGCGCUAUAGAAAAGCACGGGCGCAACAGGGCUCAAAAGGACAGCAUACGCGUGUAUGCACCGGGAUCCUUUGGUCAACAACAGACACAUAGCAACCUAAUGAUGAUGAGGUCGGAAAAUAACAUUCUGCGCCUCGGUUUGGAAACGAAUAUGAGUCGGGACUGAGAAAUGACAAGCACACAUCUGUCUUGUAGGAAAAUUGACGUGACGAGGCUGGACGCCUGUCUAUCAUCAGGGAAAGGAUACCUCAGAUAGGGGUACGGAGUGCAUGCGCAAUGCUCAGGACUGAUUUUCUGGUA